AUGGAGAGCGCGUAUGGUGCGGUGUCUUUUGGGAUGCCCUGUGUUCCUCUCAUAACGUCAAUGCACUGUCCCACUCAGCGCUGCACCACAACAGUGUCUGCUUACAGAUUGCUGGCAUGCUGCGCACAGUGUGGAGCACAGCACAACCAAGUGGACAACAAUGGAACCACGCUGGGCACGUGGAAGAGAUCUUGCUCUACUAUUGAUUCUCUUCAGUUGCAGGAUGGCUCCACUCAACCCCACUUCCUGCAACCAGAGCAUCUGCAUAAGACCCACCUCAUCGCAGGAGAGGCUCUUAUUGAACACGCCUGGCUUUAUGAAGCAGUUGGCAUGGCUCGAGACGAUGAUGUCAUCCUGGAGAACAGAGCAGCAGUGAUGUCGUGCGGUGCAUUCGUCUGUCCCGUGAGAGGAGGCCAGAACCCCGUCACCUCCACCUGCUCAGGCUUCAGAGGAGACCAGGGAUAA